AUGGCCAUCCAUAGUUCCAUUCAGUUGGAUGUUGAAAUCAUUGAAGAAGAGGAAAGUUCCAGUGAAAUCGAAUAUGAACCAGCAGCAGCAUCAAAAAAUUCAAAUUCGAUCUCUCGGCUGUCUUCUAAUACAAUGGAAAAGAAAACAAUUUCUUCGAAGUCGAAAAGAUAUUGCAAGUUUAAUAAAGAAUGGAUAAAAAUCUCGAAAUAUGCAUCAUUCUUGCAAGAAUGUAGAAGCGAUUCAUCACUCGCACAUUGUUGUGUUUGUAAAUCAAAUUUCUCGAUAGCCAAUGGGGGAAAGUAUUUGAUUGAUCGUCAUCUUGAACAAGCAAGCCAUAAGCGUUUAGCAGCAAUUGAAGCUGAGAACAAAUCUCGUUUGAUGUUUGAUUUUAUACAUCCGCCAUCACAAUUAACUUCGAUGAUCGCUGCUGAACUAACACUAGUUUAUCAUGGAAUUCGUCAUGCACAUAGUUACAAUAGUCAAUCGUGUACAGUUGAUGUUUCGAAGAAGUUAUUCCAUGACUCAACUAUUGCAAAAAAUAUUUCAUGUGGGCGAACAAAAGCUCGUGAAUUAGCUGUAAAUGUUCUAGCUCCUUACUUCAGUUCAAAAAUUAUUAAAGCAAUCAAUCAAAAUCAUUUUUACUCAUUGUCAUUUGAUGCAUCAAAUAAAGGCCAUAAGAAAAUGUUUCCGUUUAUAAUUAAUUAUUUCACAAUGGAGCGUGGAAUUGUACGAUCUGUGAUUGAAGUUAUUGAACAACCCCAUGAAACAGCCAACCACGUCGUUGCAUCUCUUCGAGAGGUAUUGGAGAUGAACAAUAUCGAUAUUAAAAAAAUGACAUCCAUUGGUGCAGAUAACACUAAUGUGAACUAUGGACAAUAUCAUUCAGCUUUUUCUUUACUAAAAUCUGAUUUUCCCAAUCUGAUCAAAGGUUCCUCAUUUUGA